CAUCGCCACUCAUUCGUUUGUUACGGAUUGUUGAUUCUGAUCAAAGGCCUGCAAUAGGAUAUGUGUAUGAGGGCAUGCAUAGAGCACGGUUGGGAAUCAAAAAGAUCUUCCGAAUGAAGAAGCACUUGUACAAGCCAUACACCUCAAUUAUAAAAAACCGUUGGGACAAGCAUUUGCGUAAAGAUCUUCAUGCUGCUGCAUAUUAGUUAAAUCCCGCUUUUCAAUAUGAUGAGGAGAAUUUUUGUCGGAAACCAGCAGUAAAUAUGGCUAUUUUGGACUACAUUGGGACAAAAUAUGAUGGUGAUCAAGAAAAGGUAAUUAGGGAAACCCAAUAUUUUCGAGACCGUAUUGGGAGCUUUAAUAGAGAUCUUGCAUUGUCAACAAGCAAGACCACUCAUCCAGAUGAAUGGUGGAAGUUGUGGGGUGCUGAUGCUCCAAACUUGCAAAAAUUGGCAAUUAGAAUCCUUAGCCAAACUUCCGCCUCUUUUGGAUGUGAGCGUUGUUGGAGUUUAUUUGAUCAAAUACAUUCUAAGAGGAGAAAUAGGUUGGAGCAUCAAAGGCUCAAUGAUCUUGUAUUUGUUAAUCAUAACUUGCGAUUGAGACAUAGGCUUUACAACAAAAAGCUUAAUUUUGAUCCCAUUGAUUAUGCAAGUAUCGACAAAACUGAUUUUUGGGUAUUUGUGGAAGAGGAAGACCCGUAUCUUAAUUAUGAAGAGUUGGAGAAUGCAAUUUAUGAAGAGAGUGCAUAUCCAGCAAAUGUAGAGGCUUCUUUUAAUAUUGAAGAAUCUAUAGAUGAUAGCAGUGAGGUUGAAGGAAUUGAUUUGGGAACAUUUGGACAACCUAUUGGCCCUCCUCCUGGAUUUCCAGGGAAUGAUGAUGAGCAUGAUAACUUUCAUGACAUUGAUGAUUUAUGA